CUGCUUCAAUGCCCCAGAGCGGCCAUGGGCGCCCCGCACUGGUGGGACCAGCUGCGAGCUGGCAGCUCGGAGGUGGACUGGUGCGAGGACAACUACACCAUCGUUCCUGCCAUCGCCGAGUUCUACAACACGAUCAGCAACGUCUUGUUUUUCAUUCUACCGCCCAUCUGCAUGUGCUUGUUUCGUCAGUAUGCAACCUGCUUCAACAGUGGCAUCUACUUAAUAUGGACUCUUCUAGUUGUAGUGGGAAUUGGAUCUGUCUACUUCCACGCAACCCUCAGCUUCCUGGGUCAGAUGCUUGAUGAACUUGCCAUCCUCUGGGUCCUGAUGUGUGCUCUGGCCAUGUGGUUCCCCAGAAGGUAUCUGCCAAAGAUCUUUCGGAACGACAGGGGCAGGUUCAAGGCGGUGGUCUGCGUCCUAUCUGCAGUUACAACAUGCCUGGCGUUUGUCAAGCCUGCCAUCAACAACAUCUCUCUGAUGACCCUGGGGGUUCCUUGCACUGCGUUGCUCAUCGCAGAGCUAAAGAGGUGGGUGCCAUUGUCCCCACCUACCCUUAGGCUGUCCCCGUGA